AUGAUAAUUAAAAUGGAACCGGACGAGCUGAUGACGGUUCGGGUGCAGUACCUCGUGGACAGCGAUCCCUUCAACAGUCUGUCGAUGUACCCGAUCCCGUCCCGGGCGCCGGUCUUCUCGUUCGCCAGCGCCGUCCCCCUGGCCACGCAGCUCGGGGCACUGCUUCGACAUCUGGGCGCACCGCAGCGGCUCGACGAUGCCGCCCUGCAAGUGUACAAGGACGGCGAUUAUGGGGCAUACCUGGACCUGGAGUCGUCGCUGGCGGAGCAGGCCGAAGACAUCGAAGGUCUUAACUCGAACCGCAAAAACUCGCUGGUCGUCCGCACACAGCUUAGUGUUCGAGUUCACUCUAUCAUUGAAAAACUACUCUCCUCCGAAGGCCGCGAGCUGCGGCGCGUCCUGUUUUCGCUGAAGCAAAUCUUCCAGGAGGACAAGGACCUGGUGCAUGGCUUCGUGGCGCACGGUGGCCUCAACUGCCUGGUGCAGAUCGGCAGCGAGGCGGACCAGAACUACCAGAACUACAUCCUGCGUGCCCUCGGGCAGGUGAUGCUGUACGUCGACGGCAUGAACGGCGUGAUGAAGCACUCGCCCACGAUCCAGUGGUUGUACUCGCUGAUCGCGUCCCGCUACCGGCUGGUGGUGAAGACGGCCCUCAAGUUGUUGCUGGUGUUUGUGGAGUACUGCGAGGGCAACUGCUACCUGCUGGUCAGUGGAAUACGCUUCGUCGACACGGCACGCGGAGUGGUACCGUGGAACAACAUCAUGCGAUUGCUUAAAGACUACGAAAACGCUGACACGGAGCUGCUGAUCUACGCGACGUCGCUGAUCAACAAAACACUGUCGGGACUGAGUGAUCAGGACAGCUUCUACGACGAGAGCGACUUCCUCGAGCAGCAGGGCAUGGAAGGCAUCAUCCAGCGGUACAUGUCACGCCCUGGCACCGACCUCGACCUACUCGAUCAACUGCAGCUGUACGAGAGUGUGCUACGCUUCGAGGACGGCGAGUGCGACGGUAUGCGCAUCCCCGACAACACGGUCCGGAAAACGCUCCGAUAUCGCUCGAGCGGCAACGACACGACCGACCGACGGAAGUCACGUCGCCAUAGUACGGGAACGGCGCCUCCACAGCCAACCGUCCACUCGGUGCACAUACCCGCCGCACCCACGUGCGCUCCACCACCGCCUCCGCCACCUCCGUUGCCACCGUAUCCGAUGUAUUCGGUCGCUCCCAGUGGACCACCACCACCGCCUCCACCGCCACUGCCACCACCGGUCGCACCGGUGCAGAUGUACGGAGGCCUGCAGCUGCCGACCCAACAAACCCAGGACGACGACAGUUCCAGCUCGGGCCACAGUGGGGAUCACCUGCCGGGCAGUGGCUACCACGACCCGUCGCGAGAUACGACCGGCGUUACGCCCGGACUUCGAAGGCGUCGCGAGCGGGCCGAACGGCAGAAGAGUUUCAUGCGCGAACAGCAAGAACUCAGCCAGUUCCAGUACGGAUCUGCACCGGGUGGAGAAGAUGCCAACGCUGCUAAUGGCUACAACCAUCAUGGACUGCGCAACGGAACACACCGUCGAUCGAACGGUCUCACCAACGGUUGUACGCCGAACGGACUGCUAACGUCCCCGUCGAUUCCACCACCGACGAUCCUCGAGGAGGACAAACUACAGCUGCGCCUCAAUGGCACCCUAACCUCGACUGUGAUUUUGCACAAGCAAUCAACUAACAUUAGCGAGCAUGGCACGAAUGGCAAUUGCACGGCAGGAAACAGUAUCGCUCCACCUGGGGAGAGUGUCGUCGACAAGCGGAACAGCCGGAACCUGCUGCUCACCAGUAAGCAUAUCAACGGCGUGACGACGGCACUCUCGAACGGGACCGGAAGUGUGGGGCACGAUCGCUACAAGGUUGAUCUCAAUGGUAACAACGUCCGAGGCGGACGCAGUGGACUGCUUGCCGAGCAGGAUGACGAGAACAAGAGCCCUAACAUUAAGUCUCAGAUGGCGCAGUCGGUUGGGUACGGGAAGCCACUGGUGGCAAACGGUAAGGAAACGUCCGAGUCGACGUACCUUCGGCGGUCGGCUCAGGUAGGAUACGAACGCACGAACGGUUCCGUGAACGGAAACCACGUCGAGCCAAAGUCCCAGGAUCUUCAGACGGUUCAAGGUAAGUAUUUCAAUUUGUAUCCCUCGGCUAAUAUUGUCCUUAUCAAUUUAGCAGAAUCGGACAACGAAGACAAGAAACUCAUCCUACAGCUGAAGAAGGACCACACGGUAAAGGACCUAACGCAGAAGCUCAGCUGCCUGCCUCUGAGCCCGCAGGAGGAAAAACCCCAGAGCCGCAUCGGCGACAUGACGGGUCUGAUUUCCAAGGCGAAGGAGGGUCUCGCGAAGAGCAAAAGCAACAAGGACAUCUCCCGCUCGCCGAGCGUCGACAACGACAUCAAGAAGCUGGCCAACGGCGACCCGAAGAAGUCCGAAAACGAGCUACACUGGGAGGAGAUCGUGAAGAACAUGACGCGCAAGCUGAGCCUCUGCGAUCUGGACUUUACCGAUCUCACGUCGGACGACGACAAGGAUCUGUUGGCACCGCGCGGCUUCGGUGGAGCCGUCCCGCCACCUCCACCACCCGGUGGCAUGAUGCUGAACGGUGGUAUGCCACCGCCACCGAGCAUGAUGCGCCCUCCGCCCACCAAUCUGGUCCCGCUGCCGGGUGUCCUGGUUAAUGGGAACGGAAUAGCGCUACAGAACGGUGCCGAUCCGGCGGCCAUUAAGAAAAACAAAAAGACUGUGAAACUCUUCUGGAAGGAAGUACGUGACGACAUGAUUCCUGCCCUCGUCCAGCGCACUAUCUGGGACGAGCUUCCGGAGGCGGUAGUGGAUACGCAGAAGCUGGAACAUUUGUUCGAAUCGCGAGCCAAAGAUUUGAUGACAAAGAAGCAACAGGAGCUGAACAAGAACAAGGAAAUCAUCGUGCUGGAUCAUAAGCGCUCGAACGCGAUCAACAUCGCCAUGACGAAGCUGCCUCCCCCGAGGGCCAUUAAGGCGGCCAUCCUGAAGAUGGACUCGACCGUCGUGACGCGCGAGGGCAUCGACAAGCUGCUGAACAUGCUGCCGUCGGACGAGGAGCGCUGCAAGAUACAGGAGGCGCAGAUGCUAAACCCCGAGCUGCCGCUCGGUACCGCCGAGCAGUUCCUGCUGACCCUGUCCUCCAUCUCGGAGCUCGGUGCCCGGUUGAAGCUGUGGGCGUUCAAGCUGGACUUCGAGAACAUCGAGAAGGAGAUCGCCGAACCGCUGAUGGACCUGAAGCAGGGCAUCGAGCUGCUGAAGUCGAACCUCACCUUCAAGUGCAUCCUCUCGACGCUGCUGAACAUCGGCAUCUUCCUGAACGGGGCGCCGGUCAAGGGUUUCCAGAUCGACUACCUCGCCAAGGUGCCGGAGGUGAAGGACACCGUGCACAAGCACUCGCUGCUGCACCACCUCUGCCACAUGGUGAUGGAGUCGCAGGCCAACACGACCGAUCUGUACUCGGAGAUCGGACCGAUCACGCGCGCUUCGAAGGCGGACUUUAACGAGCUGGCGCACAACAUCACCUACCUGGAGACGGAGUGCAAGGCAUCCUGGGAUCGGCUGAAGCUGAUCAGCAAGCACGAUACGGCGCCACACCUGAAGCAGAAGCUGAUCGACUUCCUCGCCGACUGCGCCGAGCGUAUCAUCAUCCUGGACAUCGUCCACCGACGGGUAUUGAACAGGUACCGCAAGUUCCUGCUAUGGUUGGGCGUGCCACAGCUGCGCAUCGCGGAGUCACGUCCGAACGAGUUCUGCCGAAUCGUGUCGGAGUUCGCGCUCGAGUACCGGACGACGCGCGAGCGUGUCCAGCAGCAGAUCGAAAAGAAGGCGAACCAUCGAGAGAGAAACAAGACUAGGGGCAAGCUGAUCGUCGACGUUGCCAAGUUCAAAUCCCAGGAGGAUCGGGCCGACGAUGAGUUACGCACUCUACUAGGAACGCCCACGAAGGGUCCCGGCGGGGACGAGGUGGAAAUGAGCGGCACACUCACCUGGCGCCGGCGUCGGGGCGACGCAGCCGCCUCCCCCGUGACACGGGGACGGGACGAGAGUUUCACCGAUGGGGACGAUGAGAUACUGGAAUCGCUGGUGAAAACGGCCACCAAAACGGCCACCCCCCGGCCAAUGCAGCGGGAACGGAAGCGAACCCGUCAGGCAGAUCGAAAAUCAUUACGACGCACGCUGAGAAACGGAUUAUCCGAGGAAGAAAAGCAACAUGUGGCCUCGUUAAUAAAAGGAUAUUGAAUUUCGGCUGCAUCAUCGAAGGCGGACACAACCCCCGCAGGAUGAACGGGGCGAGUAUCACAUUUUACGAGCAUCGUCAAUAGACAUCGGGAUGCUGGUGAAGCGGCUUUUAUUUUUUUUUUUGGAUGGAUAGAGACGCAGUAGAGGCGCUAACGAUCGUCGCCAAGGACGGUCGUCGUACGGUUGAGAGACACAGAAGGAAGCUAAGAAUCCCUGCGAAGGAGAGAGGAAAAGCUCCAAUCUCCAAGGCGACAGUCUCGGUUCCGCUAGGGCGAACACUCUUUUCCAGCGCCGGAAAUUAUUUAUCCGAGGGCGCGAGGCAGAUAAUUUAAAUAUCACUACCAAAAUUCGAACCGAAGCAUAGGCGAAUAGAUAGGCAACUAUAGGUUUAGAAGGGAAAGCUUCGAUACGCCCGGCGCUCAUUGAUUACACAACAAUCUGACUGAUGAAUAGAGAUUAUUUGCCUUUUUCGACGCAUACACGCAAUACGCUCGUUCGAAAAGGGGUCGCAAGGGUUGAGGGUAAACAAUAUGUAACACCAGCAAUGUGAUACGGAGAGUUCAGUUAGAGCGUACUUUUUAGCGUGCAAAAGACUCUCACACCCUUCCCCGUGCUAGGAACAAAGAAAAACGCUACGGCAAACAGUGCAACGACGCAUCGAUCGCCGGAUUGGGUUGGCACUAGUCGAAAGUAAGACCAAUUUGCUUAAGGCAACCACUGUAAAAAGUUAAAAGCAAGGAAAAAAGUUUUAACUAGACAACUUCUGCUAGAACAGUUUGUUCGAUGUAAACAACCUUAUAUUUUCCUAACCACUCAAGUAUAUGAAAAGCCAACCGAAGGAGAUAACAUCCAUCGAAACUUUCUGAUAAAAAUAAUAAAAUAUCUAAAAAAAAAAACACACAUACACAAAACAAUGCAACGACAAUUUGUAAACACACAGGGCAUUUUUGCCAGGUCUAUAUGUCAAAUAAAUUAUGAAUGAUAA